GGCGUGGCCGUUCCAGUCACAUGUCCCUGCAUUUCCGGGUGCCUGUAGGAGCCAAUCAGAGGCCGUUGGGUUCGGAGCCCGGGGAGAUGGCGGAGACAGACCGGGGGAAUCCGUUCGGAGAGCUGGAUAAUCCCUUCCAGGAUCCGUCAGUUAUCGAGCACCGGCCCAGCGCCCAGUACGCCACCCUCGAUGUGUACAACCCCUUCGACAGCAGAGGGAUGCCCCCUCCGUAUGAAGAGAAGUUUCCUGGGCAAACACCAACUGCCCCGGCAGCACCUCCUGCCCCCGUCCCUCCUGCCCCGACAGCCAAGAAGAGUCCAACCGAGCCCAAGAACUAUGGAUCCUACGGCACUCAGGAAUCGGCCGCCGCGGCAACGGCAGAUUUACUGAGGCGCCAGGAAGAGCUGAACCGCAAAGCCGAGGAGCUGGACCGCCGGGAGCGGGAGCUACAGAGUGCGGCACUGGGGGCGUCGGGAACUCGGCAAAAUAAUUGGCCCCCUUUGCCCUCUUUCUGCCCCGUCAAGCCGUGUUUCUACCAGGACAUUUCCGUUGAGAUCCCCCAGGACUUUCAGAAGACUGUGUCCAUCAUGUACUACCUGUGGCUGUGCAAUACGGGGACACUGCUGCUGAACUUCCUGGCCUGUCUCAGCUGGUUCUGUGUAGAUGGCAGUCAGGGCUCGGGCUUUGGACUCGCCAUACUCUGGGCCGUUCUCUUCACCCCCUGCUCCUUUGUGUGUUGGUACAGACCCCUGUACAAGGCCUUCAGGAGCGACAGUUCCUUCAACUUCUUUGUCUUCUUCUUCAUCUUCUUCGUUCAGGAUAUCUUCUAUGUUCUGCAGGCAAUCGGCAUCCCUGGGUGGGGCUUCAGCGGUUGGGUCUCGGCGCUGUCGGUUCUGAGGGCGGGCUCCGUGGGGGUGUCGGUGUUCAUGAUGUUGGUGGCCAUUCUGCUGACGGCCUCGGCCACUUUGGGGAUCAUUAUGCUGAAACGAAUCCACUCCAUAUACAGACGGACGGGCGCCAGUUUCCAGAAGGCCCAGGAGGAGUUUGCAGCCGGCGUCUUCUCCAACCAGGCCGUGCGUACGGCCGCCAGCAACGUGGCCGCGGGAGCAGCUCAGAAUGCCUUCAGGCCCUAAUGGGGCAAGUACGGGCGCAUAUCUGCCCCCUAGCAUUCAGGGGGUCCCACCGCAGCACAUGACUCCCGGAGGAACGAGCGGGGGGUGGGGGGUCCGUACUACCUGCUUGUGUGUGUGUGUGCCAUUCUAUACGCUGUCCUGGGGCCCAAGUGGGAGUGGCCUGGGUAUGUACCCUCCCUCUCUGUAUCGGGGGGGGGCUGAGUGCAUGCAGGGAGGGGGCACUCAUGUGGAUCCUUCCCAAAGGACUGCCCGAAUCGAGUUUGCACCCCUUGAUCUGUUACCUCCAUAAUGGAAGCGCAGGAGGAGGAGCCUGGGAUUAUCUCCGCCCCCCAUGGACAGGGGGAGGGCCGUGCCCCCCAGAAGGUGCCAAUUUGGGAAGAAGCCUCUCCCAGCUCAGGGUUACGCGUCCGUGUGUCUGUGCCCCAAAACUGCUCUUAUUGUUUUCUAUAAUCUGUGUCUUACCCCUUCUCUGCCUGUGGGGGGGCUGUUUGUUGUCAGUCACUGAGGGGAAAUAUAUGGGGGGUGGGGUAAUGCACCAUGUGGGAGAUAAAGGAGACAUUUCAUUGGGUGGGGGGGUAUCUGUCGACUUCUCUGUGGUGUCUGGGAGGGAACUCACGCCUGCCUUGCCAUGACCCCCCUGUGCCACGGGAAGUAGCAUGUUCCUGGGCGCUCGGUGCCCCCAUCUGCUGCUUACUGGGGGGGGGGGGGGUAGGAGCACCAGCUGAUGCCAAAUUAAACGAGUUUAUGAGGAA